UCAGUACCUAACCUCUUAUAAUCCUUACGUGAGUAAGGGGGAAAGGGAAUUAAGGACGGGUGGCUUCUUGAUCCUCGUAUCCUAUCGGCAGGCUAAGAUUCAAUUUAAUCUUGGUAAGAUAGGUAAUUCGAACGAUUCUGAUCACGACAGUUCGGAGAAUACCUUUUUUCUUUUUCCUACGUACAUGGGAACGGAGAAUUGACGUGCAGGGCGCUUAAAUGUUGCAUCGGAUCGAAGAGAUAACAGCCAAGGAACCCGCCUAGAUAUUAAGAAAACGUGACUAAAAACCCCUGAUUCGAAAUCGAAUGUGUCGCGCGUCUAAACACCCAGCCCGUAUAUUCCGAAUAUGCCGAAUUCAUAUAAAUUCCUGACGAGCCAGGCUCAAACAAGGCUCGACAUUUGACGUCUUGCCAAAACAACACGAUCUUUACCUACCUUCGCUCUUUUAAGACACUCGUUUGAUUGGGAUAUUGGGUUUGAUAUUACCUACGCACCAUCGUUCUGGAAACAUGCAGAUAUGUCGACACUAUUCUGGUGGACGAUAUGCUGUUGCCUUUCGUUUUAUUCCCCGGUCUUUGGGACGAUGAUUCCUAGAAACUCUUCGAGUAUUUCUGACGCGGACAUGGCUCGGGCGGCUGUGGAUGCGAUGAUGGAUCUAUAUGAUAGCUCGACGGGUCUUUGGGACCCCAACAACACCGGGUCUUCAUGGUGGCAGAGUGGUGUCGCAUUAUGGGCUCUCUCAGAGUAUAUGCUCAAAUCGGGAUCACAGGAUUACCUCGACCAAGCGGAGAAUACGGUUGAUAUCCAACGAGCGCCACUCUCUUGGUGGCCGGAAGGCGGCGGUGACUUCCGCGCCGACAGUACUGAUGAUACGGGCUGGUGGGCACUGGCUAUGACGAGUCUAUACGAACUUACCGGAAAUAAUGAGUACCUGACUAUCGCUAAGGAGGACGAAGCUUAUAUGUUCGACUAUUGGAAUACUACGACUUGUGGAGGUGGCCUUAUAUGGAAUAUUCCUAAUGGGACUUACCAUAAUGCCAUCAGCAACGAGUUAUACCUGGAACUAACGGCGAAGCUACACAAUCUAAUUCCUGGCGACACGUUGUAUUUGAAUCACAGUCUGAUGGAAUGGGAAUGGUUCAAUAAUAGCGGUAUGAUAAACAGCCAGAACCUCGUCAAUGACGGACUCACGGAUAACACCGCAUGCGUUAAUAACGGGGCGACGACGUGGUCGUAUAAUCAAGGAGUGAUUCUUGGUGGUCUAGUCGAGCUUAAUAAGGCGACGGGAGACUCGACGUAUCUCGACACAGCGCGAGCGAUUGCAGAUGCCGCGAUUAAUAGCGCAACAAUAGUUCAAGGUGGCAUAGUGACGGAACCGUGUUCCAGCGAAGAGGAGUGCGAACCUAACGGUACGGCGUUCAAGGGUAUCUUUAUCCGGGAGCUAGGGAAGCUCGACGCUGCGCUGGAUGAUCAUCCAUACCAAUCAUUCAUCGCGGAUAAUGCCCAGACAGCGUACGAAAACGCGCGAAAUGGAUCGGAUUUCUAUGGGUUUCUGUGGCAGGGUCCGUAUGACAGUGUCACGAUUGGCACACAAGAGGCUGCGGUUGAUCUUUUGGUGGCAGCAGCUUAUUCGGGAUGAUAUAUGUGGUAAUUCGUACACACGAAUGUUCUGACUAGAAGUAGUGAUAUAGGGGAAUAAUAGGUGAUGAUGGUGGAGACCAUACAUAGAAUCAUGGGAUCCACGCAUGGGGUGUUAUAGAUAGGCUCAUGAGCAUAUGGUAGCAUUUAAUGCAUGGAAAUUAAUCAUA